AUGAGCUCCGGUCCAUUUGAAGAUCGCACCCGAGCUGACAGUAACAAUGAGAAGCUCUAUGAAUGGCUAGCCGAAGACGGUUUUUCUAAGACACUAGCUGAUUUACUAAGGCUUCUUUUGUCACUUCCAACACAUCCAGAACGUCCUGAUAUGUGCUUGAACGACAUGUUAAAAAUUCCUCAAACUCAAACGAACAAUGAAAUGUUGAUGACGAUUGUACGCAGGGCUAGAGAGCAGCUCACUGAAGAAAUGGAGGAGAACAGAAAGAUGGUGUUGCGCUAUGAACAAUUGAAUGAAAUGCUUUCGAACGACAUCUAUUCUGAUUUAGAUGAAGUAGUUCAGAUGUUGAACAUCGACACGGAGCACCGCCAUUAA